UUCAGACCUGUGGCCAUGUCGAGCUCACCGGAUACAGAGGAUGAGGACAGUUGCAGCUGCUCGGCUGCUAACGUCUGCCCUCUUGUUUCUGCAGCCUUUGAGUUUGGCUCCUUGCUGCAGAUUAACGAGGAGGCCGCGCUGACGGCGGCCCUCAACGACUACCUGACCUCACGCAGCUACCUGGCGGGCUUCGGCCCCUCCCAGGCCGACCUGAGAGCCUUUAGGCUCCUCCCCCAACCCCCCGCCCCGCAGCACGUCCACGCUCUGCGCUGGUACAGACACAUUUCCGCCCUGCAGCAGGACCUGAGCGCAGACGGCAGCAUGAAGGGGAAGCGGGUCCAGCCUCCAUGGUCGCCUCCGGCGGGAACAGAAGUUCCUCAGCUGCGGCUCUACAACAGCCUGACCAGAACCAAGGAGCCGUUUGUUCCCCAGAAGGGCAACAAGGUGACGUGGUACAGCUGCGGCCCCACCGUUUACGACGCCUCACACAUGGGACAUGCCAGGUCCUACAUCUCCUUCGACAUCCUGCGGCGGAUCCUGAGGGAUUACUUCAAGUACGACGUCCUCUACUGCAUGAACAUCACAGACAUCGACGACAAGAUCAUCAAACGGGCCCGGCAGAACUUCCUCCUGGAGCGGUACAGAGAGAAGCGGCCGCAGGCGGCUCAGAUCCUGCAGGAUGUCCUGAACGCACGAGUGCCGUUCCGGGAGCAGCUGGCCUCCACCACGGACCCGGAUAAGAAGCAGAUGUUGGAGCGUCUGGACGACGCCGUCGCCGGCGCCCUGCAGCCCCUGCAGGUGGCGAUGGAGAGCAACGCAGCGGCUGACGUGCUGCAGCCUCUGACUGAGGUUUUGCUGGAGAACUCGAAGGACUUGCUGUCCGACUGGCUGGACAGGCAGUUUGGAAGCGAAGUCACAGAAAACUCCAUCUUCUCCGUCCUGCCGAAGUUCUGGGAGGGGGAGUUCCACAGAGACAUGGAGGCCCUGAACGUUCUGCCUGCCGACGUUCUGACCCGAGUCAGUGAGUACGUGCCGGAGAUCGUGGAGUUUGUGAGGAAAAUCGUCUCCAACGGUUACGGGUACGAGUCCAACGGGUCUGUCUACUUCGACACCCAGAGGUUUGAUUCCAGUCCGCAACAUUCGUACGCCAAGCUGGUCCCAGAGGCGGUGGGAGACCAGAAGGCGCUGCAGGAGGGAGAAGGCGAUCUGAGCAUCUCAGCAGACAGACUGAGUGAGAAGAAAUCCCAGAACGACUUCGCUCUGUGGAAAGCCUCAAAGCUCGGCGAGCCGUCCUGGGACUCUCCGUGGGGGAAGGGUCGGCCCGGAUGGCACAUCGAGUGUUCGGCCAUGGCCGGCUCCAUCCUGGGAGAGUCCAUGGACAUCCACGGAGGAGGCUUCGACCUGCGCUUCCCCCAUCAUGACAACGAGCUGGCCCAGUCCGAGGCGUUCUUCCAGAACGACUGUUGGGUCCGUUACUUCCUGCACACCGGCCACCUGACCAUCGCCGGCUGCAAGAUGUCCAAGUCUCUGAAAAACUUCAUCACCAUAAAGGACGCCCUGGCGAAGAACACAGCGCGCCAGCUGCGCCUGGCCUUCCUCAUGCAUUCCUGGAAAGACACGCUGGAUUACUCGGCCAACACCAUGGAGUCGGCCGUCCAGUACGAGAAGUUCAUGAACGAGUUCUUCCUGAACGUCAAAGACAUCCUGCGGGCGCCGAGCGAUCUCACCGGACGCUUCGAGAAGUGGGAGGCGGAGGAGGCGGAGCUUAACAGCAGUUUCUACGACAGGAAGUGGGCCGUUCACCUGGCGCUGUGUGACAACAUGGACACCCGCAGCGCCAUGGAGGAGAUGAGGCUUCUGGUCGGCCUUAGCAACAGCUACAUCGCCAGCAGGAAGAGCGCCAAGCUGAGGCCCAACCGCCUGCUGCUGGAGAGCGUCGCCUCCUACCUCACCGCCAUGAUGAAGAUAUUCGGAGCCAUUGAAGGAUCCGAUCCCAUCGGUUUUCCAGUCGGAGGACAAGCUGUGGAUGUGAGUAAACGGCCGAUCUGUUGGGAGAACCCACCUGGGAAAAACCGAUGCGGUGACCCGGUUCUGGUCCGAUCUUUGCAGCUGGAGAGCACGGUGAUGCCCUACCUGGCGGUUCUGUCCGACUUCAGAGAGGACGUCCGGAAAAUCGCCCGGGAGCAGAAAGUGACGGCGCUGCUGCGGCUCUGCGACGCCGUCCGGGACGACACGCUGCCGGAGCUGGGCGUCCGGCUGGAGGACCACGAAGGUCAGCCCACCGUGGUGAAGCUGGUGGACAAGGAGACUUUACUGAGGGAGAGAGAGGAGAAGAAGAAGAUGGAGGAGGAGAAGAAGCGGAAGAAGGAGGAAGCUGCCAGGAAGAAGCAGGAGCAGGAGAUGGCGAAACUCGCCAAGAUGAAAGUCCCUCCGUGUGAGAUGUUCCGCUCAGAAACAGACAAAUAUUCCAGGUUUGACGAGACGGGUUUUCCCACUCAUGACGCUGAAGGAAAGGAGCUGAGCAAAGGCCAAGCCAAGAAGCUGCGGAAGCUGUUUGAGGCUCAGGAAAAGCUCCACAGCGAGUAUCUGCAGAUGAACCAGAACGGGAACUAGAGUCCACUUCCAUCUAACGCAGCUUCAGCAGGGACUCGGAAAACAACGGACUCGGUUUUAUUCUCCUCAGAUCAGAUCCAGAAAUGUGUAAAUGUGUGAAGGAGGAACGUUUUCUCCAUCAGCAGAACCCAGCUGUCACUGCCGCUUCGUUUCCAGACUGGGAUCAAACUCAUGAACUUCAUCUGUUUCCAUCAUGCAUUCCUAUCAGCCGUUCGUUCAUUCAUUCAUUCAUUCAUUCAUUCAUUCAUUCAUUCAUUCAUUCAUCCGGCUGCAAACAGAUUCAAACAAACUGCGACGCCGAGUUUCCAACAGACGAGGAAACUGGAAUCAGGAAAACCUGAGAAGCUGCAGCCAAACCUUGUUCAGAUCUAAAGGAACUGGUGGCAAAAUGUUCAUUUGUGCUGCUUUUGCUUUGAAUAUAUUAAUAAAAGUUUAAAGGUCAAAAGGUCAACCAGCCCCCCCCCACAUUACUCAAAUCAAACUAAAUUGGUGUCAAUGUUAUGAUUGAGCUGGUUUGUGUCGCUAUCAUUUAAAAGAUAUUAAUAAAUGUUUCCAGAGGUCAUCAGAGGUCAACCAGGGACCGCCCACAUUUCCAAAACUAAACAAAUUUGGCGUCAGUCAAAUUUGUUACUAUUUUUGCUGGUUUGUGUCGUAAAAUUAUUUUUGUUUUUGCCACUAUCAUUUUAAAAAUAUAAAUAAAUGUUUCCAGAGGUCAUGAAAGGUCAACCAGCUCCUCCACUUUCCUCAAAUAUAAUAAAAAUUGGUGUCAAACAUUUGUAUUGUAUUUUUAUUAAUAUAUUUAAAAUGAUAGCGUCACAAAUAAUAUAUUUAAAAUGACAACAAUCUUGAUAGAUUUGGACAAUGUGGGCGGGGCUUGAUGACCUUUUGACCUUUAAACUUUCUUUGAAAUCUUUAAAGCCAAAGCAGCAUAAAUGUAGUGGUUUGAUUGACAGCAGGUUUGACUGAUUUGAGGAAAACGGGGGAGGAGGUGGGGGGGCUUGUUGACCUUUCAUGACCUCUGGAAACAUUUGUUAAUGUAUUUAAAAAGAUAGCAGUACAAAAGUUUGACACCAAUUUCAGUAGAUUUGAAAAAGGUGGAGGGAGAAAACUCACUCAGGAGAGUAUUUGUUGUCAGAAAAGCUUCCAAGUUUUCAUGUUAGUUCUGGAAAAACGUUCCUGGGAUAAAAGCGUUCUGAUGGGAGUAAGAUGGACAACAACAGCUUUCCACAAGUCCAGGUCCGUUUUCCUCCAGUCCUGUCCCGGUGUUGUCUCUGUGGAAACGGAUCGAGUUUGUAUUUGUUGUGGUUCUGCCGAUAAAUCCCAGGAUGUUCCGAACGCAGGAGCUGCAGGAUCCUGGGAACAUCAGCAGGUCUGACAGGACGAGCUGAGCUUUUUUAGUCAACCAUCCAUCCAUUACUGCUAGUAUUUUUCUACUGAUUUAUUAGAAACUCGUGGUUCUGUGAAGGCGCCGCUGCAGGUUGUGAAGAAGACGCUCUAAUAAAAACAGUCGGAGACACAGAGGGUGUCUUUAUUUCAGACAAUACAGACUCAUUCAGAAACUCCUCAAGAAUAAUUUAUUUCCAUUUAUCCAACAGACCAGGAAUAAUCUGAGUCAGAUGUAAUUUGCUCCACAUGCAGAUUACUGACAAUCCAAGACACAUCUGGGAACCAAAACGAUAUUGCUUUGAGAUUACUAUGAAACUUUAAAUAGAGUUGUACCAAAUCCAACUUUAUUUAAAGUUGUGUUUGAUAUUAUUCACUGAAAUUGCAAAAAAAAAAUUAUUUUGUAGUCUUUCUGAACAUAAAUCAGGUUCUGCCUCUUUCCCUGGUUAAAAAAA